AUGCCUCCACGCCUGCGCGCCACCACUGCAGCGAGGCUGAUCGCGCUCCUCGUGUGUCUCUCCCCGGCGCUGCUCGCGCCGUGCCGCGGCGUCAACGAGCAAGGCCAGGCGCUGCUGCGAUGGAAGGGGCCGGCGCGCGGCGCACUGGACUCGUCGUGGCUGGCGGCGGACGCGACCCCGUGCCGGUGGCAGGGCGUGGGGUGCGACGCGCGCGGCAACGUCGUGUCGCUGUCCAUCAAGUCGGUCGACCUCGGCGGGACGCUCCCGGCGGGGCCGGAGCUGCGGCCGCUGAGCUCGUCGCUCAAGACGCUGGUGCUCUCCGGCACCAACCUGACCGGCGCGAUCCCCAAGGAGCUCGGCAACCUCGCCGAGCUGACCACGCUUGACCUCAGCAAGAACCAGCUGUCCGGCGCGAUCCCGCCCGAGCUGUGCCGGGCUGCCGGCUGA